AUGCAACAGCUAAACUCCGCUUCCUCGUCCUCCUCUACUUUUACGAAUAACUCAACGGUGGCUGCGCUGGGGGCGCUAGGGGGCGUGAUGGUCGAGCCCCACCAAGAGCUCUCCCACUUCCUGGUCGCAACCUCGGUGCGGGUGCGGGUACGGGGGCUUCCAGAGGCCAUCGCCGAUACCCCGUUGAUUGUGGAGCUCGUUGUAGAUAGUAGCCUGCUCUUGGCCGACCGACUUCUCCCCGUCCUGGCGGAUGCGGAAGACGCGCCGCAGCGCAACGAAACACCCCCAGUGGAUUCCCACUGUCUUCCCUCCACACGACGUACGCUUGGCCUCGAUCACCUCCGCAUUGUCGUUCCUGUCGUUUCUGCCUGGAGGCCCGGGGCGCCCUGCGAGGCGGUCGACAGGCGUGUCUCCCUGAGCGACAGCGAUGCCGCGAGCACGACGCGGGGGUGCGUACACGUCGUGCUGCGCACCGUCCACGGCGCGGUUGUUGUAGGCGGUGCGUCAUGCCAUUACCCCGGCGACCGGGAACCAGUUGCCCCGUGCGGGGGUGAUGUGCAGGUGGAGUUUAAGGUCUACUGCCAGGGGGACGGCGGAGUGGCGCGGUCACCGGGGUCUGGACAACGGUUUCUGGACGGGCCGGCGGAGUGUGUGGGGUCUGUCUCGCUGCAUGGGGCAGAGCUCUCGGACCAUGCGUCAGUGGCGACGGAUAACGGCACAAGCGCCUGCACGCCCAUGGUCCGGGCGGUGGCUGAUGUUCGACAGGUGCACUCCGCGGGGGGCACGCCGAAGAGGCGUUCAAGGUGCGGUAAAAGUAAGCAGCAGCCACUCGACCUGGCCUCUGGUGUACCUGGAGGCGCCGAAAAGACGUGCCCCUCUUCGGAUUCCUCUGAGUUUAACUACUCGGCCCCUUCCGUUACGGAGACCCUGCAUCCAGUGCUUUCGCAUGUAUUCCUAGUGGAAGACGCGUCAGUAAUUAAGCACGCCCCAGCAAGCUGCGGAACGCAGAGUGGGAAAGGUGUGAGGACGCGUGAGUGCCAGCCUCGCAGUCUUGUCUUUUCGCACAUCCAAGUGAGUGGGUUUAAUCCCCUUUCAUCCCACGGCAGCUGGAGGCUGGAGUUUACGUGGCCACAGCAUAAGGUGUCACCAGUGCGGCGGACCGUGCGGAUUCCGACAAGCGUGGAUGAGAAUGGUGCGGUGGCGGUGCAGGAGACGAUUUGCAUUGAUCUCCCGCUGUUCAUGCGUAGAGAAGUCCAAACCUGUAUGCACGCGGUGUGGUCCGGCACCGGCGACAAUGACACCAAAAUGCGCUUGUAUUUGCAGGUGGAGUUUGACCCGCUCCUGGCGGUCGUGCAGGAUCAAGAGAUGCGCUGGGAGAAGUGUCGCCGCCACGCUCUCAUGCUGAUAGAGGGACUCCCGCUUACCAUGAUGAAUCUCUGCGUGCGGCUCGUGAUGCAGUUAGAGUUCUACGAACCCCAACGCGAUGGCCAGAACGGUCGCCCCACAAGCGCGCUUCCACGACACCGCGGGGAUAUGGCGGCUGCGGCUGCCGUCGGUGAGAGUGACAAUGAGGAGGAAGAGGCGGAAGAACGGCAGGAAGAGUUGGAGCGAGCGGCGCCAGGGUCGGCUGCGAAGCUCGCAGUACCAGCAGCCUCCUCAACGCCCCCCGCCGUUUAUGGGCCGGCAGCUUCUUCUGCCAACGCGGCAGGCUACGCCGUCUGCCAACCGGCGAGGCCGACAGGUGCCGGUCACGGUACGCCAGGCGGCGGUGGGCCUGGUGCGUCAGCAGAGAUCGAGGCACACGCGGAGCCGUUUGUGCCGCUUCAACGACAGGAGCAUCCAGCUCAGUGGGGUGGGACACGGUCACUCUCGCCCCAAUACUCCACAGCGGAGGCGCCGUCGUUUCCCAAUGUGCAGGGGUUAGUGCCAUGCUACAGCGAUGAGCAGCGGGAGGUGGUGUUUCGUGCGUACGACACGGAUAACUGCGGUCGCAUGACGCUCAAGCAACUUUUACACUUCUGCCGGGCGCAUGUGGCAUUGUUUGACGGCGAGGAGAAUGACGCCAGCAUUCUGCGUGGGCUGCGCCCGUAUGUGCCGUGCGUGGCGCACCGGUAUCACAGCGGUACGAAUUACUCCUUCCCCUCCUGGCUGACCUUCCACGUGCUUCCCGCCGCGGCGUCGCCCGAAGUGAGAGGCACCGUAACACCAUCGGCACACAGCCACGAUGCGUCUACACCGCCGCUGACGGGACUUGCAGGAUGUGAGUCGGAGGGUAUUGGGUACAAUGUGUUUGAAAUCAUCGCCCUGCGCCUGGCCAGCAUGUAG